GCGCGGCGGGGCCGGUGCGGGGCCGGGGGGCGCUGCGGGCGCUGGGCCCUGUUGUGUGGCAGCCGCGGCCGAGCGGCCCCGCCGCCCCCCCCCCCCCCCCCCCGGCCAUGGAGGACCCGUCGCGGCUGCUGGCGGCCGGGGUGAGCCUGCCCGCUGGGAUCCCACCUCCUCCUCCUCCUCCUCCUCCACCCGCCGCCGCCGAUCCGGUCGGAGCCGCCGCAGCGGCGGGGCCGCCGCCACCGCCCGCCCACCACGACACGGGCGAUGUCCUGCAGCAGAUCAUGGCCAUCACCGACCAGAGCCUGGAUGAGGCCCAGGCCAGGAAACAUGCCUUGAACUGCCACAGGAUGAAACCUGCUCUUUUCAGUGUGCUCUGUGAAAUCAAGGAGAAAACAGUGUUAAGUAUUCGUGGUAUUCAGGAAGAAGAUCCCCCAGAUGCUCAACUAAUGAGACUAGAUAACAUGUUGCUGGCCGAGGGUGUCUCCGGGCCGGAGAAAAGAGGAAGAGGAGGAGGACCAAUGGCUGUAGCAGCAACAUCAGGUGGCUGUCCAAAUGACAAUAGCAUUGAACACUCUGACUACAGGGCCAAGCUGUCACAGAUCCGACAGAUUUACCACUCUGAGCUAGAGAAAUAUGAACAGGCCUGCAGUGAGUUCACCACCCACGUGAUGAACCUGCUGAGGGAGCAGAGCAGAACCCGGCCCAUUUCUCCCAAGGAAAUCGAGCGGAUGGUGAACAUCAUCCAUGGCAAGUUCAGCACCAUCCAGAUGCAGCUGAAGCAGAGCACGUGUGAGGCCGUGAUGAUCCUGAGGUCACGUUUCCUCGAUGCCAGGCGUAAACGACGUAACUUCAGCAAACAGGCCACAGAGGUGCUGAAUGAGUAUUUUUAUUCCCAUCUGAGCAAUCCUUACCCCAGUGAAGAGGCCAAAGAAGAGCUUGCAAAGAAAGGUGGCAUCACAGUUUCACAGGUUUCCAACUGGUUUGGUAACAAGAGAAUUCGAUACAAAAAGAACAUGGGGAAGUUCCAAGAAGAAGCCAAUAUUUACGCCGCGAAAACGGCGGUGGAUGCAACUAAUGUGGUGGCUCAAACCAACCAGGCAAACUCUCCAUCGACUCCAAAUUCAGCUUCCUCUGGUUCUUUUAAGAUGACAAAUUCUGGAGAUUCCUUUAUAAACUUGCAGUCCUUGACUUCCUACCAGGGCUCCCCAGUGGGAACCAAUGUGCAGUCCCAGAUGGAUUCCUUACAUCAUGUCAUCCACCAGACAGGAAGAUAUGACACAAUUGUGGGGAAUCCUUUGUACACGACGCAGCGUAUUGAUGCUAAUGGCAGCUGGCAGGAUGCUACCACCCCUUCAUCAAUCACUUCACCUGCUGGAGACCCUGGAAGUGUUAAUUCGGAUGCGUCUAAUUAAGUUGUUUUUUUUUAGGACCUAUCGAUGAGAGGAAAAGAGGUCAUUAGUGUAAUUUGUCAAUGUUGCUCUUUUGCCAAUACUUUAUUUUUUUUUUUUUGUGUUUAUACAACUUGACACACAGCUAAUUACCUCAGAACAAACCCUGGAACCAAUAGAAGAUUGUGAUUACAAUGAUACCUCUCUACCUCUCAGCCUCACGCAGUCAAGUUCUUUUUACUUCAUGCCCAUUGGGAUGUGAAAUUGUUUUGAAAAGAACUUGCUUCCUUUUCCUAACCAAAUUCAUUUUUUUAAGAUAAGGGAUUUUACGGUAAGAAGCAGAAAAGUGUCUCUUCUAGAACUUUGUCUCAAAAUUUUACAGCUUAAGGGAAAAAAAAAAAAGAAAAAAAUUGACUUAUUUUAAUUUCCACAAAGUUUUUUACUAUGAAAAUUUAUGUUCUAGUUGAUAGCUACUAACAUUUAAAACCCCACCCCUGUAUUGUAAUUGUACGCGUUCUCUGUAUUGUAAUUUUGUAUAGGAAAAAUAAGCUUUUCUUAACUAGAAUUCAUUCUGAGCUGAUUGAAUCAGGAGGUUGCUUUACCAAAACUCUCGCUGGACUUUACUCCUCGGGUAGGACCUUCCAUCCCAGUCUCAUUCCACGUAAUUUAAUGUCUAGUGAUCAAAAAAAAAAAACCAACAAACAACAAACCCACAAAACCACCACCACACACCCUGUGGAUAACAGGUUCCCUGCGCCUCUCUACAGCUGUUAACACAGAGUCCUUUUCAGUUGAGAUUUUAUCAGAGAUAAUAAACUUCCAAAGCCUUUUUUUUUUUUCUUUUU